CAGUAGUCGCCGACCAAAGCCGCAGUCGAUCCCCGUGCGCGCGUGCGUGCGUGCGUGCGUGCCCCGUGCGGUACCUUCUCAGUGCAGUGCAUGUGAUCGUGCCGCACGCUGCUGUGGCCUGCUGGCCCGUGCGACGCGCUGCCCGCUGCAGCAGCCAGCUUGGUCCAGGACACUGGACUGCGGUCCUGGACUGCGGUCCUGGACUCUAGUCCCCGCCAGCGGUGCCCAGCCCAUCGGGAGGCAUGCACCACCUGUACCCCUCCACCAAGGGGGACCCGCUGUGCCCCCUCGGAUUCCACCCGCAAGUCCGCUGGCCCACCCGGUGCAAACGCUGCUUCAGGGACUACAAGGAGCAUGGCAACCGCAGCAAAGAGCAGGAAGUCACCGCGUCGUCGCCCAGCCUGUCCUCCUGGAGCUCGACCUCAUCGCGCCUCCGCGAUGACGGCCGAGGCGACAGUGGCAGCAGCGCAGUGCGGUCGGCCAGCAGCAGCGUCGGGCCGGUGCCCGACACCAAGACCAGCUCCAGCAGCAGCAGCUCGUCCAGCGAGUCGAGGUUUGGGAACAGCAGUCUUUCCCGGCCGGCCUCCUCCUGGACGUCCACUCCAGACCUGGGCAACCUCAACGAUGACAACCUUACGACCACCGUGAGCAUCACGCUGCCCAGACGUCGACCUCAGCCCCAGAGCACGGAGAAAACACCGGCCCCUACCCCGACCACUGAUACCGGCCAGGGAGAAGAUAACUUUCGAAGUACAAGUUUCACCGUUCGGAGACGAACAGCUUCUCCCUCUGUGUCUGCUGGCUCAACUCGCAAAAGUUCAUGGGCCUCUUCUUCAUAUAACUCAACUAAUGAUACUAACAACAACAAUAGCAACAACAAUGAAAGUAGCAGGAAUGUCAAAGAAGACGCAUUAUCAUCCAAUACCAAUAACCAAACCUUAUCAGGCAGCGGUGGUUUGCGAACUAGACCACCCGCUGCCCCCUCUGCAGUUUCCUCUGCGUCAAAAGCCACCAAAGAGUUAUCAUCCAAACCACCCAUGAAAAAUCGGGCCACUGGACUCAAAGCUGACCAGAAGGAUACUGUUACCAGCCCUGAUGUACAAUUCAUACUCCAGGUAAAGGGAUCAAAAGCAACAAAAACAAAGACUAAACCCAAGGGGGCUAAAGUUACCAGCUUUUCUUCAGUAAACAAUACGCAUAGCUCCAGCUCAGGCGAGGAUAGCCUGAAUGAAGAUGAUGAUGACAUCAGUAUAGCUGGAACUGAAACAACAGAAACUACUGAAACUACUCUUGUGGACAGAAACGAAAGUGAUUUGCAGGAACAAAUUGAAAGUUUGAAGGAAGAGCUGGAGACUGUGAAGGCCAGAUGUGAAAGAGUAGAAAGAGAAAAAAGUGAUAUAUUACUGAGACGACUCGCUGCAAUGGACACAGGGCCAAGCAAAACUGCUGCAUCAGAGGUUUUGAAGCUGCAACAAAAAGUAAAUGAGAACCAAACCAGGAUAGAAGAUUUACAAGAUGAUAAGAAAACUUUGGCACUAAAAGUGAAAGAGCUAGAGGAGGAGCUUAACAAUAGACCUCCAGCCGGUACAAAUCAGAGAGGCAUGGAUGAAUUACGGUCCAAGCUAUUGGCUGCAGAAACUCUUUGUGAGGAGCUAAUGGAUGAAAAUGAAGAUAUGAAAAGAGAGCUUAGAGACUUGGAGGAGGAAAUGGAGGAAAUGCAAGACAAUUUUAGAGAAGAUCAAGCAGAUGAAUAUACAUCACUGAAAAAAGAAUUGGAACAGACUGCAAAGAACUGCAGAAUUCUGUCUUUUAAACUGCGGAAAUCAGAGAGGAAGUUAGAGUCAUUGGAAAAUGAGAAAUCAGAUUAUGAGAAGAAGCUUCACGAAUUGGGAGUAGGUGAAGAUGUGACUGAAAAAGCUAAUAGAAUAAGACAUCUUGAACAAGAAUUGGCUCUCUCUAAUGAGGUUUCUGCUCGAUUGCAACGGGAACUUGAAGAUGCUAACAACAAACUGAAAGCCAAGGAUGAUCCUAAAGAUGAGAAUAAACGAAAGGCACCUAUGCUUGGCAGCAUUCCCAAAGUUCCAUCUGGAGAGAAAGUGUCUCGUGAAACACUUACUCGAGGGGGCUCUCAAGACGAUCCAGCCCAACUCCUACGUGAUCUUCAAGAUUCGGUUGAAAGAGAGGCUGAUUUGAGGGAGCAGCUCAAAUUUGCAGAGGAGGAGAUCAUAAAACUUCAACUGAAGCCUAAGCCCAGAAUGAGCAAGCAUGCUAUGAUGAAAGCAAGAUCGCAGCAUGAGAAGUUGGAAGAAGGGGAUGACCCAGCAUUCUCUCUGCUGCCCAUGCAAUCCCACCCUUCCCUCCAAUCCUUGUCAACACAAACUGAUCCUGAGCUCGAAUCGCCAAUGUCAAUGUGGGAUACCUAUGAUGACUUGACUGAUAAUCAACCUACUUUAACAGUGGCUGCAGACAUCUUCAUGCUUUCCAUUUCAAAACAUGCACCAGGCUUAGCUCCGGCUGUUAGAGCUUUGUUAGAUUCUCUUCUCAUUUUUCUUUCAAAUUUGCCCUGCUCUUUGCUCUGUGAUGAAAAUGCUGAUGAUGAAAUGGAGGCUUUUGAUUCUAUUGAGCCAUUGUAUGUUCCUCAUGAUCUCCUUGCGCUUUUAAGAGUGUUCUUUGUGAUAGAUGAAGUUCUUACAUCGAGGCAACUUGCUGUAUCAGUUGAUUUACCUAAAGAAGGAUCAGAAAUUUGCGAGAUAGGCAGUAAUUUGUCAUCUGCUAAGUCUGCAGCCCCACCAGUUUUCAAUUUAAACAAAGCACCAAUUGAACCAAAUGCCUUGUUAAUUAAAAAUACCCUUGUCAAAGACAAAGUAGAUAGAGAAAAUGGAAAUUAUGAAAAUAUUUUGGCCUCUACAACCCCAUUAGGACCAGCAGUAAAUUAUAAAUUGGACUCGUCUACUCAAACCGAUAUUUCUCAUAAAACUGAAGAAGAAAUCUUCAGACUGAAUUCUUCCACUCAAACUGAUAACUCUGCCACAGUAUUCAUGGAAUUCUGCAAGUUAAACUCUUCUACUCAAACUGAAAAUUUUAUCACACCAGUCGCUGAAAUUUUCAAAUUAAAUUGUUCCACUCAAACUGAUAUUUCUGCCACCUCUUCUGUAGGUAAAAUAUCUUUGAAUGAAAUAAUAAGUCCAAAUAAUCAGAUAUCAGACUGUAUGACUGAUGCCUCAACUCAAUGGGAACUGGGCACCAGUUUUUCUGAGUCUUUAGAGAACUCAUGUGGCAGUCAAACCAGGGAUGGAAUGUCACAAAAUUGUGGUGACAAACGUAUUUGUGUUGUUGCACCUCUGCAAGAUUUCACUUAUCACAUGGUACCACCAGAGUGUAAUAUGAAUGACGUUGGCACACAGACAGACUCUCUCUCUGGCAUUGUGGUUCAAGAUGCUUUAAUUGUUAACUGUAAGUCACCAGAUAGUUUAGAAAUGGAACGAAAAAUUACCUUCUUAUUGAAUUCUUUAAAUGUGAUUGCCGAGUCUUUGGGCCAUGAGAAUCUUUCAGAACCUCAAAGCUUGGAAGCAAACUGCCUUCUCUCACAGAUGGAGUCCACAAUUCCCAGCCUGGAGUCCCUCUUUUCCCCCUCUAUCUCCACUGAGACUUCAAUUACAGACUGUAUGAACACUGCUGACUCCAGUGCUACAGCUACCUAUUUCAUACUGGGGAACAAUGAAAGUGAUGCUGAAAGCAAUUUUACUACACGAGAUGCUGAGUUCUGGGGACCUCCGGCGAUAUCGGAUAUCAAUGUAGAUGAUAUCCUGGAAGAAAAUUUACCUGACGAAAUAGCCAGUCCUCCAUUGUCGAUGGACGAGUUUGCAAAUCAUCCAAGUCACCCCACAGCAACAGACAGCACUUCUCAGACUGGUGAUGGGACACGUGUAGAUAGCAGCAAGCUCCUGGCAACACAACAACACACUGGCCAAAGCCUUACAGAUGCGUGGGCGCUCUCUCAGUGCCAAACCAGCCUGUCCCUCCCCAUCUACUCCCUUGCAUCCUGGUGGAGAAUGCCGCUGUCUCUUGGGUGGGCUUUUCCUCCUGGUUUACUCUUUUCAUGCAGUUCCCCAAUGGCUGCCCUUCUCACUCCUCUAGCUCGGCGUCACAGUCCCACCCCCAAUCGCCUUACUCCUGAGCCACCUGUCGAGAAGGAUGAAGGCAUCUCUGAUGAGGAAGAUCCUGCAGAGCUACGAUUGCUUUUGGAACUGAAUGAGCAGGAAGCUGCUGUACUCAGAAGGAAAGUUGAGGACCUUGAGUCAGAAGGAGACAAACUUAAAAGGAAAGUGAAGGAACUUCAGGAUAAGCUUACUGCAAAAAAUAACCGUAAAGGCUCCAUUUCAUCCCUUGCUACAUUAAAUGAAAAUUCAUCAAGCACAGGAUCCAAUGCUAUUCAUGAUAAGAAAAUCAAGGUUUUGGAAGAGGAAACCACUGAACUGAGAAAGAAAUUAAUAGAGAAGGAACGAGAGUCAGAAAGGCUCAAUGCUGAAUUGUCUGUUUCUCAGAAGAAAGGAAAGGGAACACUUGCUAAGACAAAGUCUUUAGAUGGCCCUUCAGAACAGCAGGCUCUGGAUUUAAGGCGACAAUUGCAAGUAAUAGAAAAUGAAGCACUGGUGUUGCGGCAACGCACUCAAACCCUUGAGGCAGAGAAUGAAAAAUUAAAUUCAGAAAACAAAAGGCUCCAACUAACACGCAAUGCCAAAAAUGCUCGAGAUAGUAGUACAAGUGCCGCAGAGCUGCGAGCUUUAAAAGACAAGGUCAAUUCACUUGAGUCAGAGCUGUCAGCUGCCAAUCAGAAGGUGCGAGAUCUUGAGGGAGAACUCAUUAAACAAGGAAGCAAAAAGGCAGGCCUGAAAAAUGAAGAGCUUGACAAAAUGAAAAUACAAAUUACUAAGAUUACCAAAGAAAAUGAGAAACUAAGUGAAACCCUCAGGAAGUUGAAGGAUGAUGCAGCAAACAAUAUAUCAGAAUUUUACAAACCAAGAGCCCCUAAAAAGCCAACUGAGGCCACUACUAAGCUACAGAUGAAACGAAUGGUGGAAGAAUUGGAAAGUGAAAUAGGUGAAAUGAUUGUUGCCUUACGAAUCUCUGAGGAGAGUAAAGCAAAACUUAAAGGGGCUGAUGCUCUUGAUGAACUCAGAGAUACUAAACUGAAGGUUGAUAAAGAAUUAGUUGAAAUCAGGACUAAACUUAGUGACAAGGAAAAAGAACUCCAAGAAAGCAGAGUUGCAGCAGCAGAGGCUCAAAAGAAGCUAGAUGAAGAAAUGGCUCGUGCUUCCAAAGACCUUAAGAAGAUGGUUGAGGAAAAAUCCAAGCUAGAGAAAGAAAAGGAAAAGAUUAAGGAGGAGAACAACAAACUAAAGAAAGAGAAAAAGGAUAUUGAUGACCAAAUUGCGAAAUUGCUGACUGAAAAGAAAGCAGCCAGCAGCACUGCUCAAGGGGAAAUGUCAGCCCUUGCUCAAAGAUUAGAAGCAAUCACUCGUCAAUUUGAAGAAGAAAAGAAACAGUCCGCUCUAUUAAAGAAACAACUGGAUGUGGCGCAAAGAGCUGAACAAGAAAAGAACAAAUUGCUCAAAGAGUUGGCUGAAAAGACAAAACGCCUAUCUGAAAUCGAGCUUAAACUGAAUGAAUCAGAAGAGAAACUUAAAAAGACUGAGGGGCUUUUAAGUACGAGAAAGGACAAAAUAACUAAGCUUGAAAAAGAGCUGGAAACUGAGCGCAAAGGAGCUACGGAUUCUGCGAGCAAGUUAAAGGCUGAUGGAGAGGAAUUGAAAGACGUGCGGACGAAGCUGCAUUCUGUUGAGAGAACCCUUGAUGAUACCAAAAAGCAACUUGCUGCGAAGACUGUUCAAAUGGAACAACUGGAGGCUAAUUUAAAAGAAGAGAGAGAGCGGGCUACUGAUGCUACAGUGAAAGCAGGUUCUGCAGCUGCAAGAGAAGUGAAUGCACUGAGAGAAGAACUUGCUGAGGCAAAAAGCAAUGCUCAGAGUUUGGGUGAUCAACUGGACAAGGCUGAGAAGGCCAGGAGGAACACUGAGGAAAAACUCAAGCAGCUUGAAAGCCAACUUCUGAAGGAAAAAAGUGAACUUGAACGCAAAGUGUCUGACAUGGAAAUGGACUUACAGGCUGAAAGGAAGAAAGCAGAGCGCACUCGACAAAACCAUGAAAAGGAGGUCAAGAAUAAGGACACUGAAUUGAGCAACUUAAGAAGCAAAGUAAAAUCCUUAGAAACAAAUACAUCUCCAGCCUCUGUUACUGAGAGUCUUCAACAGCAAAUCUUAACACUCCAGGAAGAGUUAGGAUCAGAGAGGCAGGAGUAUGAGGAUUUGACUGCCAAGUAUGAAAUUUUGGAAGAAGAGCAUGUUGUGACUAAAUCACAGUUAGUGACAGAGAAACAAUCUCUCGAGAGACAGCUUGCUGCAGUUGGAACUGACUUAGGAGCUGUUCAGUCCCAGUUACGCACUUUGCAAGAUACUUAUACAGCAAAGCAAGAUGCUUGGAUCAAGGAAAAGUUAGACAUGCAGGAGCAAAUGAAGGAAACGAUGGAGAAGGCAAAGCGAAGCAAUGGAAAUGGAGACACAUGGCAACUGGAGCGACAAAAGCUCAUGGCAAUCUGUGAUGAAAAGAGUUCUGAGCUUGAUCAGCUCAAACGAGAGGACCAGGUUCUCCGAGAGCAAGUAGAUCUCAUCAGAAGAGAGUCUGAAGAUAUACGUCGAAAACUGGAUGACUAUGAAAAGGUGGCUGAAGUUCAACGGCGAAUGACUGCAGACUUUAAUGAAAAAGAAAAUCAAUUGAAGGAACUUAAGAAUAAGUUACUUCAAGAAGAAAAGGCCCGUAAGACUGAAGUAGGACAAUUGAAAAUGCGUUAUGACAGUCGGGUAUCUCUUAUAACGGAAGAAUUAAAUUCCCUUCAAUCUCAAGUGACCAGAUUCAAGCGUGAACGUGAUACUUUCCGCCAUAUGCUUGAUGGUGCUCAAAAGACUAUUUCAGAAUUGAGAUCAAACCCUGGAGCAAAUAAGCGUUUAUCAUCUAUCAGCUCUAGUGAAGAGUCAGAGGAAACACGAUCCAAGAUAGCUGCAUUAGAACAACAGGUCGGCUGUCUCGAAGAUGAACUUUCAGAGUCACGUCUUGUGGCUUCCAAGCUUAAAACAGAGUUAGUCUCUGAAAGGAGUGCAUGGGAAGUGAAACGGUCUGAAAUGCAGUCCAAAGUCAAUGAGCUUGAAGAGGACAGGCUUCUUGCAAGUGGACGUACAAAAAUACCUGGAAUGAAAACGAGAAUGGAACUUGCAUGGCACAAGGAACGAGAAGAACAAACUAGACUCCUCCAGGAAACAUCAACUCUAGCUCGUGAUUUGCGACAAACUCUUUUUGAGGUAGAAAGAGAGAGAGAUAAGGAGCGUCUUGAAGCAAAACGAAGAAUGGAUCAAAUUAAGAAAACCACUGAAGAAGAGCAAGAAGAAAAUCGUAAGAAAGUCAUGGAGUUGCAAUGUGAUUUAUUGGAACUGCGAGACGCUCAUGCCAAAUUACGAACAACUAACGAAAAAUUGCGUCGAGAGAAAGAGAGAUGGGAUCGAGAAAGAGAUGACCUGAGACAACUUGCCUCAGCAAGACGUAGAGCUGACAAUGAUGAGGGUAGAAGAAUAGAACUUCUUUUAGACCAGGUUGAGGAACUUAUGAGGUUGUCUCCCGAUAUGGUCUCCAAUAGAAGAGGUUCCUCUCAAGUUAUUGGUACACCAACUCCACCAGUUCGACUCAAGGGUCCAAAGUCAAGGGAAUCUUCACCUCUGGCAGAACGAAAAGACUACAGUAGAGAACAAUCACAAUCACGAGACGAAUCAAAGACGAAUAUGCAAUCUACUCUUCAAAGAUUGAUUGAGGUUACGGAAGAAUUAAGAAGAUAUCAGAGAGCUGACAGCCAAGACAGGGAAAGAGAGAGAGCCAGACGAGUCCUUGGUCUUCGAAGAGCUGCGUCCACUGAGUCUGACACUGCAGCUGAAGUACCAGCUGACUCUCGAAGCAAGCCUAGUGUUGGCAGAGGGGGUGUUGGACUGCAAAGGAAGGGUAGUUUGAUGCGCAAGACUCUUUCAUUGGAGCAAACCAGUAAUGCUCAGGAACAGAACUUUUGGAAGGGUGAAGAUGAAGAUGGGAGCAUCAACAGCUUACAGAGCAUUGAUGAUGACCCAAGAUUAGCAAUUAAUAGACGAGAUAACAGCAUGGACAGUCGUUUGUCAGGGGGUUCCACUCAGAGUGAAGUCCUUCAAUCAGGUGAUAAAAAAAAGAAGAAGGGACUUCUAGGGAAACUGACUAAACGACUUACAAAAUCAAGAAGUGUGGAUGAAAAUGACCCUCGAGACCUUUCUUUAGAAUCUUUGCAUAAUAAGAAUGGCUCGGAUGCCAGUUUGAACGCCUCAGAAGAUCCGAAGGGAAGUAAAAGGGAUCUCAAAGAGCGGCUGUCAGGAAUGUUCAAAAAGGGGUCGUCUUCCAGAAGCAACAGUGUUGAGGAAAGGCAGCCCUCAGGCUUGCCUCCUCCUCACAAUAAUUCCAGGUCAUCAACCUUGGAGAGAAAUGCAAAACCUCCAACUUCUGACUCACACAAACGACCGUUAAUAAGAGCCUCUCCCGUAAGUAUUAUAACUUAUUUUGUUCAUGAACAAAUACAAAUUUUUAAAAUUAUUUGGUUUUUGCAGGGAAGUGAUGGUACAACAUCCAGUGCUUCAAGACCUCUGGCAGCCAAGAAACCUGGUGAUGUGUCAGCCUCUUCCACAUCCUCAAAGAAGUCUAAGUGAUAGUACGCUUUUCCCUAAAUAUGUAUGUGUAUUGCCACAAUUGUGGAACUAUGUGCAUUGUCAUAAUAUCAUUUCCAUUGCCUGUUCCCUCCCACCUACCACACCCAUUUAAGUCCCAAAUUUGUACAUGUCUUGUUAUCUCAUUGUUUUAUUUAUUCACUGUUGUUUUUUUUUUCCUUUUUUAGACGAUAAAGAAAAAAAGUCAAAUUCUGUUGUUUCUUCCACGCCCUAUCCAAGACAUAAUCCUUAUUUGCAUAGUUUGUAAUUUUGGUAUAUUUGCUAU